UGGAAACAGGCAACAUGGCGUUGGAUUUAAUAUUUUUAGCGUCCACCUAUUUUUGCAAUAUUUCUUGAGAUCUUUCAUGGGAAGAAUAAUUUCAAAGUAUAAAUUUUACUUGUCUGUUAAUUGUUUAUUGUUGAGUCCAGGAAGAAAUACUUAAUGUUCGCGUAAUACCCUGGCUAGAGGAUCUGAUGUCUUUUUGCAGGAAAAUUUGCACGGGAAGGGAAAAUGGAUUGGCGCGGGGCAGUGCCGCAAUUUUAGUGGAGGGACAUGCAGUCUGAGUCAAGCCGGUAUAUUAACUCAGUAUCAGAUCUUCUUUAUAGCCCUGACGAAAUUGAAUUCUUGCUGGAGGAUAUUAGAGACCUGGAGCCCACAAACUUUAAACCUGAAGAUAUUCAGGACUUUGAGAUAGCAGGAAGCCGAACCGGCGCCCUCAGCACAGAAUGUGCAGUUGGUGGAUGCGAAUGCGAAUCACCUUUGGGUACCGUCAACUCCUGGGAUUCACAUUCUCAUUAUCGCAAGAGGGUGCCAUCUCCCGAUUUAUCCAUUUACUCAGGUGUCAUUAUUUACUGCGAUCGCGAACAUCUCAAAACUCCCACUGGAUUAUUCCGCCUUCUUUUGCUGGGAACUACAAUAGCAUGCUUGGCAUGCUUAUGCACCUCUGGAACUGUGAAAGUGGGAAUCUUCAUGCUUCCGCUGGUGGGGCGCAUUCGUUUAAUGAUGUUCGUUACUUUACUAAGUAUGUUUCUAACUUGUCUGUUGCUGUUUCUUGACAUUUCCCACAUAGUGUACCUCUUCCCUUUUAACUGGGGUAAAGUGAAUGGAUAUUUAUACGUAAGCCUUAGUGUGUUGUUCCUGGUAGCUUCAUCACUUAUUUUCCACAUGAUAUUUUUAUCAGAGGCCUUCUCUUGGGUACCCAAAUGGACACAUCACCAAUUAUUAGUCACUGGAUGUUUGGGAUAUGUGUGCUGCAUAGAGUCAGCUAUGUUGUGUUUAAUCCAAAAAUUUAAUAUAAGACAUUACGAAUUGGUUGGAGAAGAUCCAAGUUUGACUUUACAAGAGAGGCAGCCUUCUCCAGGAGCGACGCCAGAACAUAAGACAUCAAAUCAAUCCACGCACAAUUACAAGCCUAUCUUAAAUAUACCAUCAUCAGCUACAACUAGCAGACAGAAACCAAUUAAUUAUUUAGAUGAUGUCCAGCCAUGUUCAUCCAAAAGUUCAGGUCCAUAUAACGUGAUAGGAAUAGCAUGAUAUCUAGGGACGUUAAUAAUAAUUUCAGUGAGAUAAUAUGUACGAUCUUAUUAAAGACUUACAAUUUAGAUCUUUACAAACAGUGGAUAUGUAAAUAGUAGCUCUGGCUAUUGAUUACAUUAUAAUGCCUUCGGGUUUUCCUAAUUUUGAAAAAUUGAAAUAAUUUCUUAUUGCACUUUUUUCUCGACAAAAAAUUAUUUAGUUUGCUAAAAAAAUUGAAAUUUUUAGAUGUUGGGAGGAAGUAAAAUAUUGUCAACCAUAUCGCAAUAACCAGAACCAAUAUUUACAUAUAUUUACUGCAAACUUGUCUGCAAAUACUUGUAAAUGUUUUAUUCUUCAUGCAGAAUUAAAAUAUUUGGUUUCUAUCACAUAUAACGGUAAUUUAAAUUUCAUACAAAGUUCUAAUUUUUCUAAAAACUAAAUACACUGCAGUCGGGAGUUAAAUCAAUUUAGAUGUGUCUUCGUUGUUUUUGUCGUUAGGUAUUGAGUUCCAGUCCGUUAUUCAAUGGUAUUGAGGAAGCUGUUAUGUAUUACUAUUUUGUUAGUUCCAUAAUUAUUAUAGAAUAAUUUAUUUUUCAAUACAUACAUAAACCAUAAAAGUUGGUAUCGAAACUCUUGUCGAUUUAUGUUGAUGAGACAGCAACCUGAAUUAAUUGUCGCUUCUGCACCUAUUGCCACAGUCAAGUAAAACGGUUAAACAAAAUAAUUCUUUUUGUGCAGAAUAUUUUUCAAAUUGUUUUGCAGUUAUUUACAAUUGUUACAUUUUCCUGUUUUCGCUUUAAUUUUUUGUUCUUAUGUUAUCAUUUUAACGUAUCAUAUCCGGAAAUUAAGAUAUAGUUUUAAAGGGUGAUCCUGUAUCUAAAAUAACCCCGAAGAUAUAGAGUAUUAAACGAGCAGUGUUUGUUUUUUAUCAUAACUCUUGUCACUCAAGAGUCAUUUUUAUGAUAAUUAGUAUAUAAAAAGGUAUAUUAUCACAUUAAAGGUUUUUAAAGUUCCAGCUGUGGCAUCGGUACAAGGUAGGGUGUAAAAUUAAUAUUUUUUAGAAAUGAAUUGGUACGCCACCAUGCUUUGUAAAAAAAAAUUACAACAAAUUCGCCCCCUUGUUUUUUUUAUCGCGUACCGUUCUGAGACACAGAAACCAUUUCCGCGUCAAUAAUUAUCAAACACCGUCCAGCGCUCAAUCAAAUUGUGUUAUGAAUGUAAUACAAUGUGUGAAAUUGGUUUUUAUUUUUAUGCAAAAAGUACGAGUUGUAAAAAAAAGAGGAACCGAGUGUGUUAAUUUUAUACUUACCACAAAAGCAGUGGCAUACAAUUUUUGUUUGUAUCAAAAAUAUUCAUUACAAACCUUUAGCUUCUCGUAUAUAACAAAUUACGUUUUAUGUUAAUUUUAGAAUCACCUUUUAAAAUAUAUAUUUUUGCAAAUUUCACUUGUGUGUUGACGAUACUGAAGGAUAUUGUUGUCGUUUUAUUUCAGUUUCAACAAAUGCGAUUACGGGUAAAAUCAAUUUAGUUUUUAAGGCAUGUAAAAGCAUUUUUGAGUAUUUGCAGAAAAUACAGGUUUAGUUGUGGUUAGUUAGUUAAAAAUAGAUAGUAAACAAAUCUCGUACAGUAUUUUUUUAUGAUUUUUAGAUAAUGUAGGAUCAGAUUUUGCAACUCUUAGCAUUUGAUAAAUUAUUAAAAAAAAAAUUUCAUGGAUUUCAUUCUUUUCAAAUAUAUUGUAAGGUGUCAUACUUUCAAGACAGGUAAAUGCAUAAUUAUAAAAAGCCCACGCGUGUUUCGUAGGGAUAAAUAUUCAUUAAUUGAAUAAUAAUAUUUAAACAAACUGCGGAUAUAAAAGCAUCAACAAAAUGUAUUAUAUAUAUAAAAAAAAACAAGGAUACUUUUAUUGUUGUCUAACAGUGCCAAAUAUCUAAUAUAACUUGACUUACAUUAUUGAAUUCAGUCGUUUUAGGUAGGCAAUUUAAAAAUUUCCAAAGUCCGCAACACAAGCAAUACAACAAACACUACACAAUAUUACAGAAAAAGCCCUAAAUAGUCGCAUGUUACUGUGGGCGUAGAAUAUGUGCUACUAAAAUAAAAUUGAUGUCCACUAUAUUUUGAGAUUAGAUAUGAUUUGACAAACCAACAAUUUUAUUGGAAACCAAAGUAGAAAACUAUUAUCAUAGUCAAACAUAAAACCAACAUUACCAAUAUAUAAUUAAGUAAUAAAACAAAUUACAGAAUUCAAAAUUAUCGAUGCAACCUAUUACAUUAAACAAUAUUUACGCCCUCUUCUGUAAUAUAUUACGAAAGUUAAGGAAUUCUUGAAUGGAAACUAUAAUAAAUCUUAUUGUCAGUCACUAAUCAGAUAUAUUAAGUUAGUUUCCAAUGUUCAACUUUGUGUUUUGUAAUAUAGUAAGGACUUUAAUUAUGAAGCAUUGGCAUGUUUUUACAAUUAUGUGAGGCGUGUCAUUCAUGCAGCAAGCUUAAUAAAUAGAAAAUAGAUAUUGUCAGUCUAAAUUACAUAAUCAUAUAUUUUUUUGGUUUUCUCAAGAAAAACAAUUCAACAUUGUCAAACCGAAUGCAAAAUGAAGUCAAAUCUACAGUAGCGUAAGUCCAAUUUCCUGUGUAGAAGAGUAAAUGAGCAUUUGUGAGUCCUCUGCUGCCCUGCUCAAGUUAAAGUUGCAAUAACACCAAUUUAACUGAUACUUUUAUAAGUAAUUGCAGCGUCUGUUGGACAAUUAUGAUUGUGAGUUGGUUUCUGAAAUAGCAUUCGCCAACAGUUUACAAAGAUAAUAAUAAAACAGUUGUGACGUUUACAAAUUCUGCAUACACAAUUAUUGAUAGCUUACUUUCUAAUAGUGCGAAUUAAUUAAAGUUUUCAAAACCUUAUGGGAUCCCUAUUUCAGUCAUAUAAAGUAUUUAGUGGUAAUUAAUUAAUUUAGAAAGGUGCAUAUUUUAUGCAAAAUCCAUUUGAUUUUUUUUAAAUAAAGAAUGAUUGAAAAUCUUUCAGUAUCUACUAUAUUCAAAUAAUUUAUUUUGUUUUUCAUAAACAUUUUUUGUUAUGGAACAUUUCUGGAUUAUUAAGAAACCAAAUGGUGGUAUUUUGGUUGAGUAUCAGCUUUAUGGAAAAGUUCAAGAAACCAAGUGUAUAUUUAAAUUGACAAUAACUCUAGUAGUUCCCCAAACAAAAACAAAAUUGAAAGCAAGUGCAUCAAAAUGACAAAAUAUGUAUUAUCAGUUAAGAAUAAUAGUCAUAUUGUUGUGUGGCACUAAAAUGUUUUAAUUGAUCCAAAUAUCUGUACUUUCCUUGACAAUGAUUUGACUCAAAUAUUAAUAAUGUAGUAUGGCUUACAUUUACCUGUUGAUAAAAAAUGAAAUGUUUUGAAAAAGUUCUUGUCUUCUUUAAAAAUAGCAAUGUAAUUGAAAUAGAAAUGUUCAUAUAAUUAUUAUUCCUAUCUUCUAGUCACAUAAGAAUUACAAUAUUUAUUUUGGGCAUUUAUUAGUUUGAGUAAGCUAUUAAGCAUUUAUGUUCAUAAAAUUAUUUGUACCUGUAUUUUAUAUUUCUGUAGUCCUAGGUUUUAAUAAAUUAUAUUAUUAUACUUGCAACUUUAUUACAUUUACAAAUUGACCUUUUAAAUAUAAGCCUUCCUACCUUAGGCAGUUUUUUCAAAAACUCUAGAAAUUAGGUAGCUGUUAUUAAAAGUGUACACUCGGAAUCUAACAAAAUGCAAGGCCAUUUGUUUCAGAUGAAUCUGGCAAUGCGGAAAUAUAAAAAAAAUACCAAAUUUCAAAAGAUUCUUAUCAUAAACAUCUGUAUUGAGUAGAGCAAUUUGCUUCUUGUCUCAUGAUGCAAACAAUGUUAAUACAGAGGUUUCCAUCUGGGGAGGUAUUAUGCUGCCUGUGUGUGUGUCUACCUUUACAU